AUGCAGUUUCUUAAAACUGAUACUGAAAUAUUUGGCGGUAAAGUUAAAGAUCAUUGGUGGCGAAUCGAGUUUCAGAACAGAGGAAGUCCUCAUUUGCAUAUGGUUGUUUGGAUCAAAGAUCACCCGUCUGUUGCGACAACUGAACGAAUAGCUCGCAUUGAUUCAGUCUGUAGUACUGCCAUUCCUCCAGAAACUUCAGAACUAUAUGAAUUAGUUAAAAAUUGUCGAAUACAUCGACACACUAGUACCUGCACGAAAAAUAAUUCUGUUUGUCGUUUCAACUUUCCACGCUCGGAAUGCUUAGAGACACAUGUUAUUGAUCCUUCAUCUAACGAAUUCAUCUACAACGGUGGUCGCAUUUGCGUUCUGAAAAGAAAAAGUGAAGAUGGUUGGGUAAAUAAUUACAGUCCUGCUUUGCUAAAAAUGUGGAAAGCCAAUAUGGAUAUACAUUCGUGUGGUACCAAUGAGUCGAUUGCGUAUUACAUCGCUAAAUACGUGUCAAAAUCAGAACCUACAAACCUAGAUGGUGAAGUAUCUCGAGCUAUUCAACAAAUUAGAAGAGAAGAAACUGACGUCUCGCGUAAGCUGUUUAAAAUAUGCAUGCGCAUAUUAAGAGAACGUCAAGUUUCAGCCUGCGAAUGCGUAUUCAGGCUAUGCCAUUUGAGUAUGCGUGACAGCUCGAGAAAAACAAUUUUUGUCAAUACUCGUAAAGCGGAACAAAGGUAUAAAGUGUUGAAGUUUAAUGAAGCUGGUCAAGCAGCAGGAUAUUGUGCCAAUAUUUUCGAACGAUAUGAAAAGCGACCAGCAGAGCAUCCCAACAAUAUAUGUGUCUCAUAG